GCACAUGAGAACCAGGUCAUAAAGCGGCAGAAGCUUGGAGAUGGGAAAUCCAUACAGGUGACUGUUGCUUAUGCUAACAUUACCCCUUUUCAAGUACAACUUUCACGCAAGCUAUAUCUAACUAACCGUUUGUCCAUUGAUGGAAAUUUCAAAUUCUUAAUGUUAGACACCCACGUCCAUUACCACACAAGUCCAAGCUGGGUCUUUCAACUAGCAAUGCAAGCUGUGUAGCUAACAAUACCCAGAAAGAUCAAAGAAAGGUAAGAGAAAAAAAAAAAAAACGUAGCCCUGAAAUCUCAGGCCAGCUCCAGUUUUAGCGAAGUGAUGUUGAACUGUAUUUAUUUGUCCUUUUGAGGUUUACGUUCGGGAAACACCUGUACAAGCUCCUUUUGUCUCAACGGCAGAAAUGAUGAAGAAGUUCCAAACCAGUACUAACGACUUGUCCUUACCUCCUAUCCCGCAGGGGAAACCUAAGCUCACACUUACAAGGCCCAAGGAGCCGGCUUUUGAAACUGCUCAGAGGGUCCAUCCAGUCAGAGUAAAGAGUAGCGCGGAUCUUGAAGAAGAGAUGUUGGCCAAAAUUCCAAAGUUUAAAGCUAGACCCGUAAACAAGAAGAUUCCGGAAGCUCCAACUCUACCAAUAAUACCGAGAAGUACACCACGGAUCCCUGAGUUUCAGGAGUUAGAUCUUGAGACAGCAAAUAAUGAAUGGAAGCCGCAUUUCACCGAACCUAAAGCUCCACUACUUCAGACCUCCUUGAUGGCUCAUCCAACAAAGGUGAAAGGUUCUCUUGAACUUGAGAAAGAGGCUCUCGAGAAGAUGCCCAAGUUCAAGGCAAAGCCUUUGAACAAAAAGAUAUUUGAAAGUAAAGGAGAACUGGGGAUCUUAUGUAAUACCAAGAAGCAGGAAUUCCACCUUGCCAUAGAUGAGAGAAUUCCACCUCUCACUGUUGCUGAUAUAUUUGAUAAGCUUUCCUUGAACUCCGAAUCUCAAGACAAUCAUCUGUUUCAUAAAAACACAGCACCGAACCCGUUUCAUUUGCACACAGAGGAAAGAGGGGCAGAAAAAGAAAGGAGGCUUGCCAUGGAACUCGUGAGGAAGCAAAUGGAGAACGAACUUGCUAGGGUCACUAAGGCAACCCCAUAUCCUUACACAACCGAUUAUCCAGUGGUUCCACCAAAACCAAACCCCAAGCCAUGCACAAGACCUGAACCAUUUCAGUUGGAGAGUCUUGUGAGACAUGAAAAAGAAAUGCAUAAGGAUUUGGAGGAAAGACUGGGGAAGGAGAGGGAAGAAGCCCAUAUGAGGAUAAUCAAAGCACAGCCAGUUCUCAAAGAGGAUCCCAUUCUAGUACCAGAGAAGGUGCGGAGGCCUCUUACAUUACCUGGUUGGGGGCAGCCCCUCAGAAGCUUGGAGCGAUCGACUGGAGAAGGAGAAGCCGAGAGAGGAAUCGGAGGAAGCACAAAUCCGGUGAGCUUUCAGAUUGUGGUUGCGAGCGAUUGGGAAAUCUCCCAGAACCCGCCACCGUAUCAACGCCCGCCUCUCCACCCUCCGCUCUCUCCUCCCCGAGCGCGUCAAGAGGCGGUGGACCGCUUGAGGCAGCUGAGGAAGCAAACAGGGCUGAACGGAGCUGAACCGUGGUGUUUGAUCCCGAGGGAAUCGGACGGGACGUCGGUGAGCUAUUGCGGCGGCGGAGAUGGGAAGAAGAAGAUGAUGAGAUUGAGCGUGUGCUGCGACGAUCGGCCGGGGCUGAACGGAGAUUUGAGGCAGGCGAUUCGGUCGGUUCGGGCGAGGACGGUUCGGGCGGAGAUCAGUUGAAGUCGAGGAAAUCAUGGGAUCUUUUGGUGAGCUCUUGAUCUCUAGAAUUUUGUUUCGUUUUUUUCCUCAUCAGUGGCCUCAAUCGUUUUGUUCCCUGUUGUUUUUUCCUUUUAUGAUGAUUUUGUUUUCAACCUGUUUUUAAAUGGGUUCUUUCUCUCUCAAAGGGUUCAUUUGAUUCCUUUCCCAGGUCUGACAGUUUUUGUUUGUUUUGAAUAAUCAGAUAUGGCAGUUGAUGGCGAGAGAAUCGGGUUUAAGUUUUAAGCAAGGGGUUGGAUGUGAUCCAGAUUCUCAAGUGGAGUGGAAAAUAAGAAAUGGCUUAUGUCAGAGGUUUUCGGCACAUUCAUGGAUAUAUGUUAAUACCCUGGAACCAAACAAUAAACUCUUGGUCCUUCUUUUUUCUUUCUUUGGUUUUUCAGUUUUGAUUCACUUAGAUGGGAGCUCUAACUGUGGUCUUGAGAAUAACUAGAUUUGUAGGUU